AUUGCGGUUACUUUACGUUACAUUUUGCAGCACCUUCGAGCGCUUUCCGAUGUCACCAACCUCAAAUAACAUUUGGUGCUCAUCCUGUUCCAUGUGAGUGGGGUCAAAAUGUUCAACAAGAAACCCCGGAGGAACUUUCGGCAGAGAAAAAACAACUCGAGUGACGAGGAAGAGGAGCAGAGAAACAGCGGAGAUGGAGAGAAAGCGAGAAGGCAAAAACUGCGGCCAAUAAGCCGUCCCAAAGUGCGCAGGGCCGCGGCAUCUCCUGCAGCUCCAAGCGGGAACCGACGCCGACGAAGCCGGACAGCAGUGACGGGGAAGAAGCGGAGACGAUGGAGCUGACAGGAGAAAGUAAAAACGGGAAGAAAGAUAAACAUGGGCUCAAGAAGAAAAAGGACAAUAUGCUUAGUUUUGCCGACGACAAAGAAGGUAUACAGUGGUCAUCUUAUAUCAAUGAACCUCAGUCAGACGUUGAGUUAACGUAAGCUAGAGCGUUAAGAAACGUUUGAAUAACGUUUGACAGACGCGCUGUUUUUGAACACUCACUCAAUCUAACACAACAGCACUACUAUUUAUCCCUUUGUUUAUCGUCAAAUUCACUUACAACCAUGAAGGAAGCUUAUUAUUGCCACAACACCUGUCAAUAUGAUGCACUCUGGUUCACCACAACACCCACCACGACCUGUAGGAGCUUUGUAAAAGUAUAAUUUAUGAUAUUGUUGCAUUGGAUUGUCUGGAUGGUCACAAUGUUAUGGCUUGUCGGUGUAUAUGAAAUCAGAAGUUUGGGGUGUUUAAUCUUCAACUGCAUUGUUACUAUUAUUUCCAAAUCUUUGCUUACAUAUAAUUGCACAGUUAGUUACUAAAUUGACGGCAAAUGUGCUGGGAUAAAUUUUACAUGCAUCAUCCGAAGAAAAAAAGGUGGUAUUUUCUGAUAUAGUGGAUGCUGUUUUUUCAUAUUCAAUUAAUUUAUCUUUAAUUUAUUUAAUUUAUCUGUACUACUGAAGGUAAUAGUAAUCAUAAUACAUUUUAUUUCAGGGCACUCAAGGACACCUUAUAGGGCACUUAAAAGACACAUCAGUAGAUUAGUAAAAUCAAUAAAAAAAACCCACAUAAACACAACAAAGUGUUAAGUAAAAAAGUUGUAAGUCUGGACUCUGCAGCAGAACAUCAAAUGCUAGUCUGUGGCAUAAUAUAUAUAUAUAUGUUACUCUGUACCAAGUUUAUUGAGCCGUAUUAGGUUGUUUAUAUAUAUAUAUUUAUAUAUCUCUGCCUGUUGCUUUCACUCCAGCUGAGGAAUCGACAUUCAAAUUGAAGAAGCCCACUGAUAAAGCUGUGCUGUUCCACGCGAGGAAGAAGGAAGACUCACCUGUCAAAACCUUCCACAGCACAGGUAGGUGAUCUUGCAAGAAUACAUCAGAUUACAGACAUAUAGCUUAAGUAUAGGUCAUCACAGAGGCUGCAGUUUGCAGUGAUUUUUUUUAAUUUGAUGUGUAAUAUUGAGAUUUUUUUUCCCCAUUUUGCACCCUGUUUAGGAAAAGUUGUGACUCAAUGCAUGAAAACCUUUUGGUGUUACUUCCAAGCACACAACUGAUUUUAUGUCCGCAUAAAAUGGAGAAUUUAUAAUACUUUGUAGAAUACUUGAUAUGGGAUCAAAGAUUAUGAUUUGGUCUAAUGAAGACUAAAAGGCGCUUGCACUGAAGUCACUCCUGCAGAAGUGUGUGAGGCAUUUGUUGAUGUUACUGGAGGAUGUUCAUCUACUCCAGUUGUUAUCUAACUAAAUAAUGUUUCUACAGUUUUGGCCAACCAUGUCGUACUUGCUUUUUUUAUAUUUGUUUUUUUCUUUUCAGUCCUAGCAGGUGGACGUGUCCGACCUUCUGCUUCUCCCAGGUUGGACUCUGACAGAGAGUCUGUGGCUUCACCAUGGUCCCCACAACCUGAUGAUGAUGAUGAUGAUGAUGAUAAAAACAGUGAUGAAGGUAGUGCCAUGUCUCCCUCAGCAAGCUCAGCCUCAAGCUCUAGCCGCUCAGCCUCGAAACCAGGUAUGUGGUAUUUCUGGUUGUAUAUCUGGGUCAGAGAGGGAAACUCUCAGGUUAGGCAUCCAGUCAUGUAAAACUAGCUUCCUGUGUGACUCGCUUGUUCACCUUAGCUUGCAGAAAACUGUGUUCAUGCCCAGUGAGUGCAGAGGCAAAUGCAUGUAGGCUAACAAGCCUGUAUGCCAUCUAAUCAUUUGAAUGGGUCUUAACCUAAUGACAUGAAAGGCUGGUGACAGCCACAAAUUCCUGAUUUUGUAUUAAUUUGAUUUUAUUGGCAUUUGAUCGUUUAAUACCUGGACUCAACAACUUGUCAAGCCUCAAAUUCCAAAAAAUAAUAUGGAGUACAUGUAACUACUACGCUGUAUCAACAGCCUUAAUCCAGUGAAAAAAGCCAGCCAGAUCUGCUGUUGAAUUCUUAUCAACAUAAGGAAAAUUUGCUUUAUUUUUUGUUGUUUAUUUUGUAGAGACCUGUUGAUCAGUCUCUUCAUCCAUUUACUUUCCAAUUCCAUUUUACAGAACCCCCAACUCUAACAUCUUGACUCUCUCUCCCUUUUAUCUGUAACAUCCAGGAAUUUCACUUCAAAAACUGCAUAUACAUCUCAGCUACUUAGCUGUUGUAAACAAAGUUUGAUCAGACUUUACAAUGAUCACUGGAGAUGCAAGAAUAUAUGUCAGAAAAUGUGUUUCUGCUUAAUAUCAGCUCUAAAUUACUGCACUUAUAGACCUGUCAUUAUUCAUUUGAAGUCCUAAUAUUACUGCUUGUAAGAAAAAGAAAAUGUUUAUAUAUAUUUUCACAGUUUUCAGCAGACGGCUUUCUUAUGCUCUUUUUUGUUGUCUUUUUAUUUCCUGUAACAAGCAAUGUGUGACCUAGCAUAUUUGGCUAUGUGUAUUUCUUUACAGUGAUUAUACCCAGUGCCAAAGAGAUCCAGGCAGCAAGGAGGCAACGGCGUGCAAAACAAACCCAGAAAGAGUUCAUUUCUCUAGGCAGAGAUGGCCAUAGCUCUGCCGGUAGCACCCCUGAUCGCUACAGCAAGGGAGAAGAAAGUGACAGAAGUGAUGGUGGUGAUGAUGAUGAUGAUGGACCAGAUGAUCACCAGAGAAGAAUCGAGUUUGCCCCACGAUUGAAGAGCAUUCGGGAAAGGAUUGCUGAGAAACUCGGUAUGAGAGGAAAAGAGAUGGGGGUGGUGAGAAGAGACUGUAAGGUCUGUCAAAAAGUUCAGAGAAUGAGUGCAGAUUGAGAGGGAGGAGGAGAAGUGGACGUAAAGAUGAGCUUUAUCGAACUGUGUUUUUGUAGAGGUAUUUUGUGGGGCAUUUUGGUCUUUAUUGAUGAUUUAUUGACAGGAAAUGUGGAGAGUGGAGAAAGACAUGCAGCAAAGGGUUUUGGCCAGCAGUCGAAUCAGGGACAGCUUAGGGAUAUAGCCCCUGUUCAUGAGGCACAUAAACCAUCAGGCCAUCAGUGGUAUUCAUUAAUAACACCCUUAUAAAGCAGUGUCUCCAGGCUGUCUUAAAAUAAGAAAUGUGAAUCAGAACCAAGCGACAACCUCCAUUGCUGAAAUAUGGAUCAACUACUCAGUUCUUUAAGUGUCCACAUGAGGGUGGCUGUAACAGCUUAGAAAGUCCCUCUAACACCCAUUUUUGGAGCCAAAUUAAACAUGGUUACAGACAAAAAAAUAUAUCAAAAAAUUUAUUCUAGACUUUGUAGCUCAUUCUUCAUUGUAACAGAGUAUUAGGGGUGAUUUUUUAAAGUAACCCAUCUGAUUGAAGAUCUUAAUACUCAAAGUUUUCCCAUGUUUGUAUAAUUAGGGAUAUGCUUUGGCCAUGCUUAAGCUGCAAAAUGCUCCUUUAGAAAAGACUAUCUGCGUUUCAUACAGUCUAUGAUCAUAACAACUUUCAAACAGCAGCAACAAUAUAGAGUUCAAAGAUGAAGAUUACAGCAAUCCGCCUCUGAAAAGCCUAAUUAUGUGAAUUUGUAAAACACUGAUUCAGAAAUCUAGAAUCAGUCAAGUGUUGAGCUCUAUCUUUAUCAAAGUCCCUUUCACAUCAGAGUCUGAGCUGUGAAUGCAAAGGAACAAAUGUUGUCCUGAAUUUGCUUAAAAACAAAAACAUCUUUUUUUGCAUGUGAAAUUUUAGCUGAAAAUAUGAAAGGGGUCUGUAACAAAAUAUUUAGUAUCAAAAGCACGGCAUCACAAAUAUGUGAGUGUCUCACAUUUUUUUCUGCCCCUCUGUGAACUGUUGUGUUUUGUGUGAUUGUGUGUGUGUGUGAUCUAGGGGGAAGUGAUGGCAGUCUCUCAGGGACAGAUGGUGAAGAACAGGAGCUUUGGGAGGAGACACAAAUUGGCAAGGGUGUUAAAAGACGUCCAGGAGAACAGGUAUGGAAAAAUUGAUCAGUCGCACUCUUUUCCCCAUAUUUACUUUUCUUAUAUUUGUUAAGAUUAUCCCGUCUUUUCUAAUCAGUGUUAUUGUUGUCUGUAAUGGCAAAAUGCCUUUCUUCUCUUCCGAUUCAGCCUCAGCUCAGCGCAUGAACUCUUUUCACUUCCUCUGCCAUCCUUUAUCCUCCUUUUUGUCUUUCUACCAGAGCCCAUCUGGCAGUGAAUCCAGCAGCUAUAGCUGCAGCAGUAACAGCAGGCGAGACAGACGAAACCCAAAGAAGAGACCAGCAGGGGUCCCAAAGACUCUUCCUCCUGUCAGUAUCUCAAUGAUCAAGAAGAGGAUCACUGGAAAGUAUGUUUCUCCAUGCUGAAUAUGGAUUAAUGCAGCACUUAGUCAUUGAUUGGUAUAACUGUGAAAACCUCCAUGAAUCGAUUUUCUUUCCAACAUCUCUGUAUCCCUCACUUGUAUUACUCCUCUCCCCAGACUAGAGUCCCUGAAGGAGGUGUACAGAGCACGGCAGGCGGAGCUGAGAAGAAUGGAGGGGGAUGUUGACAGCGCUAAAACCUCUGUGGAGACUCUUGAAGAGAGUUCCUCUGAGAGGCAGCUGAAGUUUUACAGAACCAUGAACCUCUAUGCUCACAACCUGGUGGAGUGUUUACAAGAGAAGGUCAGCAGAAAUCUGUUUAAACGAUGUUCUGAAUUAACCAUGAUUGAAGAGCUUAAUUAAUCACAUAUUUGUGUGUGUGGUGGUUUUAAAAUAUGUAUUGUCUGUCAGAACAGCAGUUGCUUGUAUGGGAUUUUUUUUGGCCUCUGUGAGUUGAUGGUAUUUAAUGAUAACUUGCUGUCUGUUUACAGGUUGUUGAGAUUAACUCACUGGAACUGGAGCUGCACACUCUGCUGUCUGACCAGAUGGAAGCACUGACAGCUCAGAGACGGCAGAGAAUCAAAGAGCAGGCUGAUCGUCUGCAGCAGCUCAGCUGUGAGUAACACCCCUGUGUCCACAUGUCUGUGUGUUUGUGAUGAAGCCGUAUAAUACGUGUGAAAGUUAUGACCUAUAUCAACAGACCUUUUCAAUUCUACUUUUUAGACAGCAAAAAUGAGCAGAGUGAAGGAUCUGCCAAUGGAGCACAAACUCAGAGGUGAGUUCAAAAUAAACUUCCUAUCCUCACAUUUUCCGAGUCAGGUCUUUUUUGUCACAAAUCUCUAUUCUGCACAAAAAGAUGUCCUGAUAAGUUAGACAUUGUUACUAAAAUAGUACAAAAACAAAUGUGAAUUUGCAUGAUAGUUGUGUUUUGCACUACAGCACAGAGGACUCUGAUAUCAGAGCUGAAGAUUAUUCAAAUAUACCUGCGGACACGCAACCAUCAGAAGAAGAGGAAGAGCAGCUACAGAAAAGGAAAGGUAGGUUUGCAUUGCUCUUCUCUGGUCAUGUCAUUCUUAAUGGUAAUGGUGAAGCAGAAAAAAAAACAUACUAAUUCAUGUCACUUUUGUCUGACUCUCUGUCCUCUUCUUGCUGCUUCCUCUCCAGCUGACAUCAUGGCAAAGUCUCGGGCGGUGUUUUCUGACGUUCAAGAUGAGUUUUGUGACGUUAAGAAGAUCCUGUCCCGCUUUGAAGAAUGGAGAGGAUGUUACUCUGAGUCUUACCAGAAUGCCUACAUCUCUCUGUGUCUGCCCAAGCUGUUAAAUCCCAUUAUAAGGCAUCAGCUGCUGGGGUGGAACCCACUAAUGGUAAAUGUGGACAGUAACAGUAAGGAUAAAAAGUCCUUCCUUUUUCCACUAAUGUUUAAUUUAGAAGUAAAUUCUGUUAGCCCCGUGCUGCAUUGUUGCUCGUGUUUUCACAUCAUUUAUUUUGUCCAGGCUGACAGUGCAGACUUUGAAAACCUCCCGUGGUUCACAGCAGUGGAGACCUUUUGUCAUGGACAUGGUCAUGAGGAGCUGGAGCAUGCAGACAGGGAAACGCUGUCUGGUGUCAUCGCUAAAACGGUCCUGCCCAAAAUAACAGGUAACAUACUCACAGGUACACGUCAGAUGAAUUAUAUUACAUGAAUACAUAAAACACAAAGUGAGAGCACGUAGUGGUUUGUAAGGACUGUAUAGCAAAUCAGAAUAGGAAAAAAAAAACUCUGCUACAAACAUCACUGUCAUCAUUCUUCUGUUUCCUCUCAGCCUUUGUUGAGCUGGUGUGGGACCCCAUGUCCCGCCAGCAGUCAGUCUGCCUGUCUGACGUCUGCAACAGACUGAAGGAGGAUUAUUCCAUCUUUGAAGGAGAGCAGACCAAACCUGUUAAGGUAAACGCGACUUAUCUUUCUGUCCUAUAAGAGAUUGAAUUGAAAGGUAAACUCAGCCUGAGAUUGAUUUUAGUUUCUUAUUUAGACAUGAUAAGGAAGUAUGUGUUAGUAUUUAAAAUGAACAAACUAUUAAUAAAAAGUACUUACUCUAUGUCCGGGCUGGCUGUGGCUCAGUGGUAGAGUCGGUCAUUUUUCAAUGGGAAGGUCGAGUGUUCCCACAGUCACACGUCAAAGUGUGCCGAACUCCCAGUGACAUAGCCAGCAGUGUGUGAAUGUGUGUGAAUGGAGGUUAGUAAAUACUGACGGUUCUCUUUGAUAUCAUCCUCUGCCAUCAGUUUAUGAAUGGGCUGUGAAUGCUUUGAGUGCUUUGAAAGUUUAUUUGUGUGUCCUUUGCAGACGUUCAUGGAGGCUGUGAUGCGUCGCCUGAGGAGCUGUGUAGAUGAGGAUGUCUUUAUACCGCUCUACCCCCAAAAGUCAGUCUCUUUUCUUUUUUGGCCUCUUUUUAUUGAAACCUCAUGAGUUUUUGCUCAAUCAUGAAAUAUAUUUUUUAUCCACUUGUACAUUUUAACAUACAGUGGCACAGUUAUGACCUCCUGUGGUUAUUUCAAUACUUUUCUUGUCUUGGUUUUUCUUUGCAGCCUCCUAGAAGACAGGUCAUCUCCUCAGCGUCACUUCAGAGAUCAACAGUUCUGGACGGCCAUAAAAGUACUGCUUUCGAACAAGGUUCAUUUCGUAAGAGUGCAGGAAAGCUGCAGUUUGUUAAUCAGUGUUCUGUGUUUUUAUCAGCUGCUAGGUAACAUGGGAAAAUUUGAUUUGCUGCUUCCUGAGUCAGUGCUGAAGGAACUGAUGUUGGACAAACUGCUGAACCGAUACCUGAUGAUCACUCUGAGCAGUCAGACGCUGUCCAACAGUGGAGAUCAAGCAUGCAGAAUAGUGAGUUAAUGCAUCCCUUCUACUGUGAAAUCGGUGUGUUUCUGGUGUCCAUGGUUUGAUCUUGUCUGCAGUCAGGUUGUUUGCUGUCUCCUGCUCUAUCUCACACUCCAUCCCUGUCUCUCUUUUUUCAGAUAGCAGACAGUCUGCCGCCAUCUUGGCUCAAAGAACAGGAUGUUUGUUUACCUCAGCUCCAGAAUUUCAAAAACCACUUAGUUCAGAAAGUUCAUACUUUCUGCAAACAGCAGCCUCCUGAAGAUCCAAACACAAGGUAAGAAAAAAAAAACAGGUUUCUAUAAGGAGAAGAAAUGCUUUGGAGUGGGCGUAAGGUCAGCCAAGAGACACUGAACAGAGAUGAAGAGUCCGGUGUCUUGAUUUCAAUCCUCUUUGCAAGAACUGUACCAAGAAUCAACUUAGAAAAUCAAAACUCUUUCUUUCAAAUGUGUAGUUGUUAGGAAGCUGGUUGUGGAAACUUAUUUAUCAAAUCUUAUUAAUCAAAUCCAAAUCUUGUUUCAUUGAUACCAACACAACUGUAUCUAAGCUGUUGCAGACUACUGUGUGACAUCUGUGUUUUUGUCUCCUAUAGGUCUGCUGUGCUGGAAGUGUUGCAGGUUUUGAGUAAAAUCAGGUGCAAUGACUCCAUCAUGACUUUAGCAGCGAAAUAUCACUAUGAGGAUCUGAUCUACACUCAUCAGCUGCUCAACCAAGAGGCCGAAUGAGCCAGAGUCCUGGGGGAAUUGAAGCUGACCAUUCAGCAAAUGCGAUGUACUGUAUUAAACGAUGUAAACAUUGUACAGUGUUGUACAGAGAGGACUGUUUUGUCGGUCCUGAACAAGUUAUUUGUUGUUUUUUUAAACAAGAGAGAAAUGUAUUUUCAGGAAUAAAUAUCUUAAUUUGGUAAUAUGCUUAGAGUUUUAUUUAAAUUCUGCUUUCUACUGUUUGGUCAGUUGACUCACCCUAAAGUGUAGAUUUUAAGUCAAUUCUUAAAGUUUCAACACAGCAACUUCUUACAGAUUUCCAUUCAAGCCAAAUGUCAGAGCAGGUGAAUUGGUGACAGUCAUGGACAAAUGAGCCUCGUCUCAUGAAGACCACAUCUCUUUACAAAGUCCUUUAGAUCAGUUCAGCACAGACAAAAUUUCAAUUGUUCCUGGCAUGGAUAGGUUCAACACAAUUCCAAUUGUUAAUGGAAUUCAGAGCAUUAUUCCAGCCUGUGCAGAACCUCUGUGUCUCCUCUCAGUAGGAUAUGAUAAAGGUUCCCUUAGGACUUACAUGAUUCCACUAAGUGCUUGUGUAUUUGUAAAUGCUAAUCUCUCUCAAACCCAAAGGAAAAAAUGUAAUAAUAAGUUAGCAUAAUUAA